AUGUCGUUGUUCAAAAAGAAGGCCCCGAAAUAUAAUCCACCGCCGGUGCCCUCAGCUCCCACGGAAGACAUUGAUAAUCAUCACGAAAACGGGUUGGAAAAUAACAACGGGUCACAGAAAUCGCAAUUGGUCUUCCACUGUCAACAGGCACAAGGGAGCCCUCUUGGACUUAUAUCUGGAUUUUCGAAUGUGAAGGAACUUUAUCAGAAGAUAGCAGAAUGCUACGACUUUCCACCUGACGAUAUCCUGUUCUGUACGCUGAAUACCCACAAAGUAGACAUGAGGAAACUUCUAGGCGGACAAAUAGGAUUAGAAGAUUUUAUAUUCGCACAUAGAAAAGGAAGACCAAAAGAAAUUGAAAUAGUUAAAACUGAAGAUGCCCUUGGAUUAACUAUCACAGAUAAUGGCGCUGGGUAUGCUUUUAUUAAAAGGAUAAAAGAAGGUUCUAUAGUAUCAAGGAUACCCCACAUAGAGGUUGGAGAUCACAUUGAGAAAUUGGACGGGGAAAAUAUGGUUGGCAAGAGACACUACGAGGUGGCAAAAUUUUUGAAAGACAUUCCAAAGGGCACCACGUUUACAAUUCGACUCGUAGAACCAUUGAAAAGUGGCUUUGGAAGUAUUGGACCGAAGAGUAGUAGUGCCAGAUCGGGGAAAAAACAAAACUACGGGUCAGGGAAAGAAACUCUUAGGUUUAAAGCCAAUGGCCAGGCAACAAUUGAGAACGAGCAUGACGAGAAAUCACAAGCUGGAAUAGAAAAAAUAAAUGGACUCUUAGAAUCGUUUAUGGGAAUAAAUGACACUGAACUAGCAACACAGAUGUGGGACAUAGCGGAAGGCAAGACAAAUUCGAUGCAACUUGCCGAAGCUAUCGACAAUAGUGAUCUGCAGGAAUUUGGGUUUACUGAUGAAUUUAUCAUAGAGCUUUGGGGUGUGAUUACGGAUGCUAGAUCUGGGAGACUCACUUAA